UAAAUUGUACUAACUGAGAAACAGGGGAAUUAACACCAAAAAGUUAUGGCGAAAGAGGGGUCAUCAGUUAAGCUAUAUGGAAUGUGGGCAAGUCCUUAUGUGUUAAGGGUUAAAAUAGCCCUUAAAAUUAAGGGCAUAGAGUAUGAGUAUAUAGAGGAAGAUCUAGCCAACAAAAGUGAGUUGCUUUUGCAAUAUAAUCCUGUGUACAAGAAAGUGCCUGUAGUUGUGCAUAAUGGUCUCCCAAUUGCGGAAUCAUCUAUCAUCCUUGAAUAUAUAGACGAGACUUGGACUGAUCCUCCAUAUCUACUGCCCAAAGAUCCCUACCAAAGGGCCAAAGAUCGCUUCUUGGCCACCUAUUUACAACAGAUAUCCGAAACUUUGGGCAAAACACUUAUGUCAGAAGGUAAAGCAACAGAUGAUCUACUGCAAGAGUACUGGAAAAGUCUAGAUGUGGCUGAAGAAUUAAUGAAGGAUAUUUUCUCUAAUGGCAGUCCAUCUUUCCAGGAUUCGAAACCGGGUUACUUGGAUAUAGUCAUCUAUUCCUUCUUUUGGGCCUCAGAUGUCAUGGAGGAGAUCUUUGGCUUAGAGUCUUUAACUGCAGAAAGGUACCCAACAUUGUUUUCAUGGACCAAGGCUCUAAGUGAAGUUUCUGAAUUUCAAGAUGUCACUCCAUCCAAGCCUCAGCUGCUUCAACUUUUGUAUGCUAUGCGGCAGAAGUAGAUCCUACCAUAGGCUUGAUUGAUUGUUAUCAGUUGAAAUAAAUGUAUGAAUUGUAGACUGGUUUCCUUAUCUUGUAAACUUAAGCAUAUGAUUCGUUA